CUACUUCCCAGUUGUUUUGAACGCAGCAUAAUAUGAGCCCAUGACCAUAUCAAGACAUCAGAACUACAGUAAUAGCCGACGUUACAGCCAUGGAGGAAGUAAGAGUAUUCCCACUAUCCUGUGCGGUGCAGAACUAUGCAUGGGGGAAGGUCGGUCAGGACAGUGAGGUGGCCAAGCUGGUUGUUGGUGGGGAUACCUCAGCUGUCAUUGAAGCAGACAAACAUUAUGCCGAGCUGUGGAUGGGUGCUCACCCCAAAGGAGACGCCCUCAUCAAGGACAACAGGAUAGCCCAGAGGACGCUUGGUCAGUGGAUUGCAGACUACCCAGCAUGCUUGGGGUCAAAGGUCAAAGAUACCUUCCAGGGCCAGCUUCCCUUCCUCUUCAAGGUCCUGUCGGUCAACACCGCUCUGUCCAUACAGGCCCAUCCAAACAGGGAGUUGGCUGGGCGGCUCCAUGCUCAGUUUCCAGAGCAUUACCCUGACAACAACCACAAGCCUGAGAUGGCCAUCGCACUCACCCACUUUGAAGGACUCUGUGGCUUCAGGCCUGUGGAAGAGAUCAUUGGCUUUCUCAAAUCCGUGCCAGAAUUCCACGCCCUUGUAGGGAACGAGGCGGCGGAGGAGCUGCUGAGCAGUAUAGGGGAGGCGGGCCGCACCUCGCUGGCCUUGAAGAAGUGCUUCACCCGCAUGAUGAACUGUGAGAAGAAAGUGUUUGUGGACCAGCUCAACAUGCUGGUGAAAAGAGUCACUGAGGAAGCUGCUGCAGGGAAGGACACAUCGGGCAGUAACAGUGAACUGUUGCUCAAGCUCCACUCCCAGUAUCCGGGUGAUAUCGGCUGUUUUUCCAUCUACUUCCUGAACCGCGUGGUGCUGGAGCCAGGCGACGCCAUGUUUCUGGGUGCCAAUGAACCGCACGCAUACCUCAAUGGAGACUGCAUCGAGUGCAUGGCCUGCUCGGACAACACGGUGCGCGCCGGCCUGACGCCCAAGUUCAUCGACGUCAACACCCUGUGUGAGAUGCUGAACUACAGCCCGGCUCCAGCCAGCGCCAAGAUCUUCCCCUCCAUACAGGACCCCUCAGACCCCUUUGUCUACCUCUAUGACCCCCCUGUCCCUGACUUCACUGUCAUGAGGAUACAGGUGCCAGCCUCAGUCAGGCAGUACACGGUGGCCCCGGUGGACUGUGCGGGCAUCCUGCUUGUGAUUGAGGGUGAGGCCACCGCCACCUCUGCCGCUGCCCUAUCUGACAUCGCCCUGAGGCGGGGCACCGUCCUCUUCAUCUCAGCCAAUGAGAGCGUCUCCCUGCACGUCACGUCCCCCUCCGGAAUGACCAUGUAUCGGGCCUGCAGUCUCCUGUAGCCCCAGGCCUUCUGAUAACGUUUCAUCAAUGUUUCCUUCGUGUCAACCCAACCUGUGGUUCUCUGUGUCACUCUUCAUGCCAGGGUGUCCCCUUACCUGACUUAGGGCCAGUAGUGAUAGACUGAAGAUGGGCUACAAACAGUUUUAACCCCUUUUAACUGUGGUCUAUGUGCAGUUUACCUCUUCCAUUCCUCUUUCUCUGAAAAUCGCCCUGACAGGUACAGUAACAUACACAGCUAGUGUGUGAUACACACUUAUGGUUUGUCUACUUGCUGUGGUCCUUUUAUUCGGCCCAUGUUUCUCUGACGUUUUAUACAGUAUCGAGGCAGAGCGAUUAUAUUAUGUUUUCAUUGGUACAGUAUGCCUCAGCUCACCUCUCAGUAGAAGUGUCACAUACCAGCAUGUUCUAAUUAAUUACCUCAUAAGCAAGAAUUAUGUUUUUUUUCUAGGGCCGUGGGUGAAAUCUGUUCAAUAUUACUGCUGUUAAGACGAUACAUCCUAAAAAAAAAACAUGUCUUUUAAAAUAUUAUCAGCUGUAUUGGGAACAUUUGGCAUUUACAGUAUGCUGAGAUACCUGUGCAUGUUUGCGGAAUGAAGUUACCUGCCAUGCACACACACAUACAUAGCUGCCUGCUGCAUUCAUAAUGUACAUACAGAUAAAGCAUAUAGUAAGAAUGCACAGCUACUGUAUGGUAAGACCUUUUUCAGCUGGACCUCAAACAUUUAAGUUGGUUAAUUGACAAGUGUUUGUGCUAGGGCCUUGGCAUUUAGUGAACCAGAAUGUAUGCUGGAAGGCUGAAGCUGCAUGUGACCAUGCAAUUCAACUCACGCAUCCAACAUAAGAAAUACAUUCAGUAGUAGUCUGGACUGAAGGUGGCGUGUGAGCUGUACUGUGUCAAUGGUAACACCUCACAUAGGAUUACAGAAUACAAAGUUGGUGUUUGAGAUGGACUGCAUUGCAGUUGGUGACUGCAGACUGACAAAUCUACAAAUCAUAUUGCAUCCUAAAUGACUACUGAUUAUAAUUUGUAUAUCAGACAGACUACAUUGCAGUCUGCGACUACAGACUAUCUCAAACAUGCAAAAAAGCUUUCCCCAAAGGUCAAAAGGUGAAGUUUUGCAACAUAGCCAUAACUAGGCUAUUGAAGUUGUAUGUUAUAGUUUGUUGUUCCAAGACUGUUGGUCAUUUUGAAUUUCCUUGUGCUCCCCUUUGAAUGAAGUGCUGUUGGGUCAGGCAUGUCUGCUGGUUGGUGUUCAUUAGAGCACAUCGUAACAAAACAAAGACAAGAGUUUCUUAUUGGAGAAGUACUGAUCGUACCUCCCGGUUUCUGUUUUCUUCCAUUUUGUUCUUUAUGAACACGACCCUGGUGCUUUCAAUUGAAUAGCAAUGACCCACUUAAGAUUUGUAAAUGAAGGAUGGGAAGAUUGAGAGAGAGAACGAUUACUUAUUAAUAAGUAAUUUGUUCUGGACUUGUUUUUAUGCCAACGGGUUUUGUCCAGGAUAUUUUCGGUUACAUAGGAACUGUUUGCACUACAAUAGUUUAAAAAAAAUAUAUAUAUAUAUACACACAACCACUACUGUAGGUUUGAUAUGUCUGAUUGCAAACAAGUUGAAAGUAUAACAGUUUUACUUUAUUAAUAUUUCUGAGAAUGUUUCUUCCAAUAGAAGCUGGAAUGAGAGCAUGGUUUUGCAUUUGACUAUACUACCGUAGCAUGAAUCUCUACAGUGUGUCUGUAUGUAAACCGGAAUGAAUAAAACAUACAAUUUCUGUA